UCCUCUUUCAGUCUUUUUUAUUCGUUCCUGCGCUAUGUCUAUUUGUAAUGCAGAGUGCUAAUUUAUUUUAAUUGUUAAAAGUGUACAAGUGUGAAUUUUCGUUGGGAAUGCCGAAAGUUGGGAGUGACGAGCGAUUGCCGAAACGUAUUAUUUAUCGUGUUUGCAAUUAACGGCGUUUCAUUUAAUUACAAGAUCGAAGCGCUGUAGAUCCGCGGUUCAUUGUCAGAUGUAAAGCGGUAAAACAUUUAUGUUGUGAACAUAUCCGCAUUUGAUGGCCGCCAAAACGGUUAUUGUUUUGCUCAUUGUGAAUGCAUGUACAGUGUUGAGUGAAUCGUUGAAUAUGUAAAGUGAUAGUUCGUUAUCAGUAUAAUUAUGUAUGCAUUGCGAUAAACAAUGCAUUUUGUGUAUUGUACGCGCAUGGCAAAUACGUAGUUUGAAUCGUGAGUCUCCCGUAAGUACAGGUUAAUUUUCAUCUGGUAGUGUAACUAUGUCCGAGUUUCCGGAUUUCUCGAUGGAUGCUGAUGCAGGACAACUUCAACUGAUGCAGCGAAUAAAGCAUACUGCAAUACUUUAGUUGGUAUAGCUGGAGAGCGUACUUGGCUAGGGUACAACGACCGAAAAUCAUGACGUUAUUACCACCAACGCCGGCGCAACAGAAGCGAAUAGAUAAGGAACUUCCACCUGAUCCGGAAAUGAGAAAACAAGAUAUUAGAACUCUUCGAGAAUGGCCCUCAAAGCAGCCGCAUUUGCCAAAACAUAUAGACAACGACAAACUGGAGAAAUUUCUUUACAACUGCAAGAAUAGCGUCGAAAGGUGUAAAUUAAUAUUGGAAAGAUACUACACCGCCCGAACAUCGUUGCCGGAGUUUUUCGCCGUUCGCGAUCCGCUGUCUCGGGAUAUUCAAGAUUCCUGCGAUGCAAUAGACUACUUUGUCUUGCCGUCAUUAACCAAAGAAGGAUAUCGCAUCACCAUCAGCCGAUUGCGUAAUAUCGAUCCGGAGAAAUUUUCGUUUCAAGCGAUAGUCAGACGUAUUUUAAUGGUACUCGACAUUCGUUUAAUGGAAGAAUCUUGUUUAUCUAAUAUUAUGGUCAUAGAUCUUGAGGGAUGUAGCGCGGCGCAUCUUGCAAAAGUCAGUCCGACACUAUCUAUCGUAAGACGGGCGUCGAUGGCUAUGCAAGAUAGCAUGCCUUUUCGAUUAUUUAGUAUCCACUGUCUUCAUGCGCCGACGUUUAUCACCAAUAUCCUCAUUUUAUUUUCAUUCUUAAAAGAAAAAUUAAUUAAUAAGGUUUAUCUUCACAAUGGUGGCGGCGAAGAAUUACACGCUUAUAUGGACAAAGAUAUACUUCCCAAUGAAUGGGGUGGCAAAGCAGGCACUUUUCAAGAACUAAAUACUGCGUGGCAAGAAAAAAUUAAAAAAAAGAGAGAUUGGUUUCUGCAAGAUGAGAAACUGAGUCGUACGGAUGAGAAUGCUCGUUUACCGGAAUCAAAAAAGUCCAGUCUCUUAAAGGAGCUUGAAGGGAUGCAAGGUUCAUUUCGAAAAUUAAACAUAGAUUAAUUUUAUUUGGAUUGUCGAAACUUUAUAUUAUAUUUUUGUGUGGAUUAAA